UUAACUUUGUUUAUGCUGAGAAUGAUAGAGAAGCGGUUAUAACUGCAAGAGAAGGAAUGUAGGAUGGCAGCUUAUUUGCUAUUUAUAAGGACGCCUAUAUAUAGCUAUACACAAAGUGUGUAUAAAUACACACCCGCAUGAUUGCAGCCGGCGACAAAUAUCCUCGGUGAAGAUCUCACCGGGAAAGAGAGAGCUCGUGUUUCCUUUUUCCGGUGUAGAUCGAUUGAUCAUGACAGUCGUGACGAUUGCGUGGUGAGAUAGAAAUUGCGGAAUGACGAUUUUGCCGAAACAAUUUUCAGCGGCUUGCGACUGUUACAAGAAGAGGAAGGUGGUCGCGAAUUGCGAUGCAGCAUUGAUCAAUUUCGAGGAGCUGCCCGAGUAUAUGAAGGAUAACGAAUUCAUCCGGAAUUAUUACAGAUGCGAAUGGCAGUUGAAGGAUGUUGCUCUCAGCGUUUUCUCUCUGCACAAUGAAUCCCUCAACAUUUGGACGCAUUUAGUCGGAUUUUUGAUAUUCUCAAAGAUGAUGAUAAUGAGUUUGAACGAAAAAACGAGCCUCGGAAACGUUAUGGCGGUCUUCUUCGGAAGCGGAAGUGAUGGAUGGUUGUCAAUGAUAACUGAUUCCUACAUAGGAAAGGUAGCUGGAUUAGGAAGCUUGCAUACACAACAAGAGCAUGCCACUUCAGUUCCUAUAUGGCCAUGGCUGAUUUUCUUGAGUGGAGCAAUGAUCUGCUUGAUUUUCAGCUCAGUUUCCCACCUCUUCAGCUGCCAUUCCCGGCGCUUCCACUACUUCUUCUGGCGGCUCGACUACACAGGCAUCUCCCUCAUGAUAGUCUGCUCCUUCUUCACCCCAAUCUUCUACAUCUUCGCAGACCAACCAUACUGGCGCUUCUUCUACAUCUCCUCGGCCACCUUACUUGGCGCUGCUGUAAUUGUGACCCUGCUCGCCCCCUCCCUCUCGACUGGACGUACCAGGUCUUUCAGGGCAACCCUCUUCCUCUGCAUGGGGUUCUCGGGUGUGGUCCCAGCCACCCACGCUGUGAUCCUCCACUGGGAUCAGCCGCAGAUACGUGUGUCCCUCAUGUACGAGGUCGUCAUGGGGCUCAUGUACGGAGCUGGAGCCCUUAUCUACAUCACUCGGAUUCCUGAGAGAUGGAAGCCCGGUGCGUUUGAUAUUGUUGGCCAUAGUCAUCAGAUCUUCCAUGUUUUCGUUGUCGCUGCUGCACUUGCUCACUGCGCUGCCAGCCUCAUGAUCAUGGACUGGCGGCGCAGCUUGCCGCCCUGAGUUUCUUGCUUCUUCUCUCGCUUAGUUUUU